AUGGCGAAGCUGAGGUGGGCGUCAUUGAAUUUUAAAGGAGAGGGCUCCAGUGAGAAAUGGCCCACUAUGUUGAGAAACCAAGCUGGAAGGGGACGGUCCGGCAGGAAAAUGGAAGGGUGCGUCAUGAGAGGCCAACCCAGUCGGCCCACCCUGGCGAUCCCUCCCCUCUCCCUGUUCACGCGACCGGGUCGCUACAGGGGCGGUUCGCCCCCGACCACCUCGCCGGCGACGCCCCGAGGGGAUAAGGCCGACCCCUUGGGCUCCUCCCCCUCGGCCUCGUCAGCUCCCCCUCGCACAAAUAUCUCCCUCGCCUCCCUCCUCCAGAUCCCCUUCUUCCCCUCCUUUCCUACCUCCCCUGUGCCCACCCGACGCGGCCGCCGCUGCCGCCUCGUCGUGGCCGUGCCCGACGACCUCCCCGAGCCACGCGAAGACGUCGAGGAGUACCGCCGUCAUCACCUGCGUCGACUACGGCAAGCAGGGCGAGCUGGGAGGCGCUGCAGCCCCGGAUCCCCGUCGUCUUCAACCUCGGGCACUGCCGCCCUCGCCAUCGAAUUCCGGCAUCCGCGAGCCUCCCUCGAGCCGCCUUUUGCACACCUACAGGCUCCCGAUGGUGGAUCCCCGGAGCCAGAUGCCACCGCCGACGGAUACUACUACAUGGAGACCGCCGACGACCAGGAGUAGUUAGGAGGUCCCAGGCAGGAGGCCUUGCCUCUUCGAUCGUGU